AUGGUAGCGAUACAUGCGCUGAAGGCUUUAGCCUUGAUGGUCAUCACCCUCCCCUUCGUCAUCCAAGCAGUACCAGCCAUCCCCAUCGGCAAGAGCAAGGAAGUCGAGUCGGAAACCCGCAUCCCCGCCACAGACUAUCUCCUCGAGCCUUCUAUCCCCAGAACAGAUGGUAUCAACCAGAUCAUUGAUGUCAUGAAGAAAGACAAGGAGGAGAAGCCUUCAGUUUCUCGAGAGGCAAUCAUAGCUUCCAACCUCAACUACUUCCCAUGGGGCCGAGUCGACCUCAACAGCGAAGAAUACCACCUUCUGGACGAUGAUGACGAGUCGAGGGACAGCGAAACCAAGUCUGGAGAUAAAUCCAAGCGUAGUAUUGACGACGGUGUUAUGGUGGAUGAAACAGCGUCCAAUGGUGCAUACGAAACUGUCCACCACAAGAUUUUAGACACGAACGAGACGACUAUUGCCAACGAGCCUCGAUAUAACAGGAUGGAACUGUAUACUCAACGUCCUACACUUCUUCGCGAGGACAAGACACACAAAGAUGUACCUCAAACAGAGAAGGCUGGGUCGAAACAAGAUUAG